AUGCUCUCCUGUGCGUCAUUCAAUAAAUUGAUUUACCCAACGGCCGCCGAGGUCACCGCCAUGGCCAGUGGCAAGACAACUCCAGUUGGGGCCAAUCUCAACUCCUUGCCACUGCCCCGCGCACCGAGUGAGACCCAAAGCGAGAUCUCGUCGGUGGACAGCGAUUGGAGUGACAUUCGCGCGAUUGCACUCAAGUUGGGCGUACAGAAUGUGGACGAUCUGCAUACGGAGCGCUUCAAGGUUGAUCGACAGAAGCUAGAGCAGUUGCUAAAGGCGGACAGCGCCAUUGAAGGCAUGAAUGGUGCAGAAUAUUUCUUUGAUAAUAUCAUGAGCACCACUGAUACAUAUGUAAGCUGGCCUUGCAGACUGAAGAUUGGCGCCAAGAGCAAGAAGGAUCCCCAUGUACGUAUUGUGGGUAAGGUGGAUCAGGUGCAACGCGCCAAAGAUCAUAUUCUAGGCAGUCUUGACUCCAGGGGCACUCGUGUUAUUAUGAAAAUGGAUGUUAGCUAUACGGAUCAUUCAUAUAUCAUUGGACGUGGCGGCAACAAUAUAAAACGCAUCAUGGACGACACACACACGCACAUACAUUUCCCGGACUCGAACCGUUCGAAUCCGACAGAGAAAUCGAAUCAGGUGUCGCUGUGCGGCAGCCUCGAGGGUGUGGAGCGUGCCAGAGCUUUGGUCCGUCUAUCCACCCCAUUGCUCAUCUCGUUCGAGAUGCCCGUCAUGGGACCGGGCAAAACACAGCCGGACCACGAGACGCCAUACAUCAAAAUGAUUGAGAGCAAAUUCAAUGUGCAGGUCAUAUUUUCAUCCCGUCCUAAGCUACAUACGUCUCUGGUACUGGUCAAAGGCUCUGAAAAGGAAUCAGCUCAGGUGCGCGAUGCCACCCAAUUGCUGAUCAACUUUGCUUUCGAGAGCAUUGCGAGUCAAAUCCUUGUGAAUGUUCAAAUGGAGAUCUCGCCACAACAUCAUGAGAUUGUUAAGGGCAAGAAUAAUGUGAAUCUAUUGAGCAUUAUGGAACGCACCCAGACCAAAAUCAUAUUUCCUGAUCUGUCUGAUAUGAAUGUGAAGCCGUUGAAAAAAUCGCAGGUGACUAUCAGUGGACGCAUCGAUGAUGUUUAUAGGGCCCGACAGCAAUUGCUCGGCAAUAUGCCCGUAGCAUUGAUAUUUGAUUUUCCGGACAAUCAGACUGAUGCCUCCGAAAUAAUGGGCCUGAAUAUCAAGCACGGCGUCUAUAUAACUUUACGUCAAAAGCAACGACAAAGCACAUUAGCCAUUGUAAUCAAGGGCAUUGAGAAAUUUAUCGAUAAAAUCUAUGAGGCGCGCCAGGAGAUUCUCCACCUGACUACGCCCGCCAUCAAGCCAGAUAUACCCGAUUAUUAUUUCAUGCCAAAGGAUAGUGAUGUUAAUCUGGCGUAUCGAUCCCAAUUGACUGCGCUAUUGGCCGGUUAUCCGGAUAGUCCCAAGACGCCAUCGCUGUUGCCGCCCACAAUGGGCGGACAGUUGACGCCGUAUGACAACAAUGGCAAGGGUCACAUGCUGCUCGGUGCAGCUGGCCUGGCCACGCCCACCGGCAUAUGUGCGCCCACACAGAAGUAUAUGCAGUUGCAUAACAACAAUUAUCAGCCUCGUCCGCUGUCAGCCAUCAACAACAACAACAACAACAGCAGUAGCAACAACAAUAAUAAUACAACUACUACGAGUAAUAACAUUAGCAACAACAAUAAUAAUAACAACAACAACAUCAAUAAUAAUAAUAACAACUAUUUGCAAGUGCCCGGAGCUGGCUUACUGAAGCCCCCCGCAAAUUUGCCGCCCACCAUCAGCGUAACGGGAUCCAUCAAUCUAUCGCCUCGCAAUAGCUGCAGCCAAAACACAAGCGGCUAUCAGAGCUUCAGCAGCAGCACCACAUCAUUGGAGCAAUCGUAUCCGCCGUAUGGCCAAGUACAGACGACCGUCUCCUCAACAUCAUCGUCGUCGGGCGCCAAUCGGGCGCACUACUCGCCGGACUCCACCUACAACAGCGAGGUGGGAGGCAGCAUUGUGGGCGCCGCUCGACUCGGCCGCCGUCUCAGCGAUGGCGUCUUGCUUGGACUGAGCAAUGCGAAUAACGGCAUCAACAGCGGCGGAGCACAUCUGUUGCCUGGCAGCGCCGAGAGCUAUCGUAAUUUGCACUACGAUUUAGCAGCGGUUGCUGGCAAACAGCAACAACAUCAGCAGCAACAGCAGCAACAUCAACAACAACAACAACAACAGCAGCAGCAACAACAGCGCGCAUUUGAUUUUGAUAUGAAACGCGCACUUGGAUUUAAAGCCAUGGAACGAACUCCGGUGGCAGGUGAGCUGCGCACCCCAACCCCCGCCUGGCUGGGCAUGGGUCUAAGCCGCACCUCACCGGCCCCUCUCGAAACGGUCGAUGACGGGAUCGGUGGUGUGAAUGGCUGGCGAAUGCCUCUUCCCCCACCCGGUCUGGGCUCACCCUACGGACUGAGCGCCACCACGGGCCUGCUGGACGCAACGCCCGUCAGUCGUCGAGUGCAACUCUCGCAGCACAAGGAUAUACACACCUUAUUGACAAGCCUCGGUCUGGAGCAUUACAUAAAAAUUUUCGUUUUGAACGAAAUCGAUUUGGAAAUGUUUCCAACACUGACAGAGGAGAAUCUCAUGGAGCUGGGCAUAACGGCGUUCGGAGCUCGCAAGAAGCUGCUGGCGGCCAUUCAUACGCUUCUGGCUACCGAAGCCGCCUGUAGUAGUUUGCCCAGCAGCAGCUCCUCGCAGAGCUCCUCGCCGCGAUUCUCCGGCAGCGCUGCGCCCGGAGCUGAGCGUCGCCCCUCGAAUCAGUGGUAAAUGGAGAAUGCUGGGGAAUGGUGCUGUUAUUAUUCAUGCUGCUGAGAAACUGCAGAAAACUAACAACAAAACCCAAAAAAAAAAAAAAAAAAAACAAAAACAAAACAAUCUAUAAAAAAAAAUCAAAAGUACUACAGAGAAAAACAAAAAACAAACAAAAAAGCAAAAAGCAAAAAAAGAAAAAUACGAUAGAAGUUACAUAACAUUUAGAAAAUAACGUUCUCCUAUAUAUAUAUAUACACACUCUCAAACUCAUUUAUUUAUUCAACGUAAUUAUUAAGGUCGCCAAAGGCAUUGAAGUAUUUAACAGAUGCGAGACCAGAACAUUUACACGAAAAAUAUGAUCAAAACUCACACAAACAAAACAGAAGAAGAAACACAGUCUAAAAAGUACACAAAACAAAAUAAAAACAAUGCGUAAUAUUUUCAGUAGUUUGUACACAGCAAAAUUUUUGAUUUCCUGUUUGGCUUGACUCUCAAUACUCGCAUAUGUUGUACCCAAACGAAAUUUAUUAUAUGAACUAUUUAUGAAGAUAAUCAAACGUAUUUAUAAUGUAUAUUGUAAAGAAAUGAAUUUAACCGAUGGAAAAAAAUAAAAUAAAAAAGUUAAGAAGUCGCGCAGAACUCACAUGUUACAAUGCAAAAAAUAGAAAAUAACAAAAAAUAUAAUAAAAACACAAUUUAAUCUGAA